GCUAUUGGAUGGGAAGGAGUUCUUGCUGUACGCAAGUAUAUACUUGAAGAUGAUGGAGACAGAGAGAGAGAGAGAGAGAGCGAGAGAUGAUGAGGAUGAUGAGGGAGAGGGCAGAAGGGGCGAUGAGAUAGGCCGAAGUUAAGAAUCCAAAGUAGCUCAUCAGUUGGGACUUCGCUCCGAUCGAAGGCAAAAUCUAGACCUUUUUUCACACCUUAAUUUUCACUCUCUCCUUUAAUUCAGUCCAUUCAUUUACAAUUAUCCUCGUUAAUCAAUCAACAAUUUAAUCAUCAUCAUCAUCAUUCAACUUUAAUCAUCGUGAUUAUUUCAAUUACAACUACAAGUUUUGUCGACAUCACUUUUGAUUAACUUAAAUAUUAGUUGAAACUUUGAUUCGUCACUUUUAUUUUGUUUGCAAUCUUGUGUUUAAUUGUUUCAAUAAAUUAACUAAUCUUGUUUACUUUUUUUUUAUGAUUAAUUGAUUGUGCUGUUCACACCUAUGGAUUUAUAUUGAUUAACUUUUAACUUUAUUUUGUGAUUGAUUUGUUUUUAAUGUGACUUUGGUUUCAAUUGGUUUUUGGAUUGUGGUUAAAAAGCUAAUUGGUUCAUUUAUACUCACAAUUUACUAAUUACCAAGACAAUUAUCAUGUUUGGAUAAUAACAUUUUCCAAUUUGAUUUAAAUUUCAAAUCAGAAUAAAAUUCAAUACGAUUUUCAAUUUCUACUAUUAAAUUAUUUAAUCCCUUAAUCAAUCAUCACAAUGGAUAAUCAUAAGUCAAUCAUCAUGAUUAACACAAUUGUAAUCAUUUCAUUUAUCAUCAAUUUACCAACAGUCCAUUCAUCUUGGUGGUCUCUUGGAAUACCAACAUCUCAUCAGGAAAUUUUACAAAUCAAGCCAAUCGCUGCUAAAGCUCAUUGUCGUGAUCAUCCAUCUUUGGAAGAUGGUCAAAAGCAACUUUGUGAGCUUAAUCAUCAUGUCCUUCAAGCAAUUAGCAAAGGAGCCAAAUUGGGUAUAGAUGAGUGUCAACACCAAUUUAGACGGAAUCGCUGGAAUUGUACAACUUUUAAUGACCAUCCAAAGCUAUUUGGCAGUGUUGUUGAAACAAGAAGUCGGGAAAAGGCUUAUCUUUACGCAAUUUCAUCUGCUGGUUUAGCUUAUACGGUAACCAAGGCCUGUAGUCAAAGUCUAUUGGCUAAUUGUAGUUGUGACAAUGGAAUCCGGAGUAAAACAACCAAAGGAAAAUGGAGUUGGGGUGGUUGUUCAGACGAUAUUCAAUAUGGUUCUUUGUUUAGUCGAUCGUUUCUUGAUACAUCGGAGGAUAAUAAAACUGCUGAUGGUUUGAUGAACAUUCACAAUAAUGAAGCUGGAAGAUCGAUUCUUAAAUCUAAAAUGGAAAGAGUCUGUAAGUGUCAUGGAGUCUCUGGUUCGUGUACAAUGAGAGUUUGCUGGCGUAAAUUGGGAUCAUUCAGGGGAAUCGGUGAUGAACUGAUGAAACGAUUUGAUGGAGCAACUAAAGUACGUUUGGUGGCAAAGAAAACAAAACCUCGACUCAAACCGAUCAUGAGAGAAGCUAAGAAACCAAGUAGACGAGAUCUUGUUUUUCUUGAACCAUCGCUCAACUAUUGCGAACGAAAUGAGACACUCGGAAUUCUUGGUACACAGGGUCGUCGUUGUAAUGCUACAAGUUUGGAUACUGAUUCAUGUAAAUUACUCUGUUGUGGUCGAGGAUAUCAUACAAUGGUGAGAAGUGUCGAGGAUAAAUGUAACUGUAAAUUCAUUUGGUGUUGUCGUGUUGAUUGUCAAAAGUGUAUGGCACAAAAAGAGGAACACUUUUGUAACUAAAUCAAUCACUUGGACAACAAUAAUCAUCACAAUCAUCACGAAUACCUGGAAAAUUACCUCAUCAUUUCACUUUUCCUCUUCAAAAGAGCAACUAAACUAAUCCAAUUGUCAUCAUAAUCUUUCAUCAAUAGAUUUCCCUAUGAAACAUGAAGAUGAUGAUGUUAAUCCCACCCGAUAACCAAGACUGAUUUAAUAUCCAUUAAUUGAGACAAACAAAAAAUCAUCUUCAUAGAUUUAAACAUCAACUAUCCUAAUCAUUUUCUUUUUCACUAUAAUUUGUGUUUCUUUUUAUAUAUUAAUAGAAUAGAAAGAAUCAACUUGAUUACUUUCUAAUCUUUUUACUCAUUGAAAUGAAUUGAAUGGAUCUCUUUCAAACAAAUAUAAUCAUUAUUGAUUAACUAAUUAACUAUAAAUAUGUAAAAUAUUAAUGAAAACUUUCUAAUCCAAUGAAACAAAGGUCAAACCGUUGAUCUUUCCAAUAGGAACAACAAUUAAUAGAUUAAAUCAACAAUGACAAUAAUCAUAAUCACAAUAAAAGAUAAUUAAUUUACUUGUUA